UCUUGCUCGGCGGGCGAAAGCGAGAACUCACUCGUUUCGUCGCUGCCGGGCUGGCGAGGCGAACGCGUGUACAUUACCGUUAAAAGGAAGGCGCAGCAGACAAGAAGAAUUAUUUCGUAGAUAACAACCUGCCUCAUCAAUAACAGUGCUGUGUGCUUUACGUGCGUUCGUGUUUCAAUCCCCGAUGCCGCUGCCGCGGCGAGCUGUAAAACGCAUUUAUCGCGCGGCAGUCCUCGUCUUUAAUAAUUCUCCAAACAAGUGUUUCCAUUUGCUUCCCUCGAUGGUGAUGUCAAAGUGUGUUGUGCGCGUGUUUGCUGAACAACAACCACGGCAGUGAGAAAAAACACGUGGGGAUAGUAGAGUAGAGAAAGGAUAUGGCGAGCGUUAAGAUGCUUGUCGUUACUACCGGCAGAUUCCUUGGUGCUAGAGCUAUCAGGCAAGCAAGGAGUUUCGGCACAUUCUGCACUAAUGAAACGAGGUGUCGAAGAUGGUGGAACAUUUCAAGGAAAACCUUGUCGACAGGUACCAGAACAUUUACUCCAAGCUUAAGCCCCAUGUUGACGAAGGAGCAGCAACACUUUAAGGAGUCAAGAGAGUUGGGCGUAGCGAAAGAUACGAGGGAACCCAAGCACACUAAAGAAGGGAAGGAUAUCAAAGGCACAAAAGAUACGAAGAAAUCGAAAGAUAAAAGUAGUGCAUCAGUUAGUCCAGAGGUGACCGUGGAAUAUUUGAGAGGCCUUCCGAGGAUCACGCUUCCCCUGCCAUCGCGAUCGCAGAAAUGUAUGUUCACGUUGAAGCCGUUAACGCAAACUAUUGGUGACUUUCUGGACAUGCUUAAACUCGAAGACCCAACUGUCGUCAAUGCUAGCAUAACUAUGUCAGAUAGUACUACCUAUGGUACUACAAACAAAAUAGAAACGUUGCUAUUGGAUGAUUUCAAUUUAAUAAUCAACGAUAAAGUUUAUCCGGUCUCUCCACCUAAGCACGAGAUUUCGAAGGAAAACAUACGGCAGCUGCAAGACGUUCAAGCUCUAGUACAUCAACUUUACGAGACAUUUAAUGCUCGGCAGUAUCACGCUGAAUUGGAACGCCAAGUGAUGCUGCAUCUGGAAGAAGUGAGAACGGAGCUGGAGCCCCUCGAGCAAGAACUUAACGAAAUCAAAUUGUCAGCUCAGCGAAGAUCUCAGUUGGCCACCUGGGGUGUCCUCGUGUUCAUGUCUAUCCAAUUUGGUUGUUUAGCGAGGCUCACGUGGUGGGAAUAUUCCUGGGACAUUAUGGAACCCGUCACAUACUUCGUCACGUACGCGACGGCCAUGGGCUGUUACAUAUAUUUCCUCAUGACCAGACAGGAAUACUUGCUGCCAGACGUGUUCAACCGCGAGUAUCUGAUAGGCGUUUACAAGAAAGCUCGAAAAGUGGGCUUCGAUCUAACGCAUUACAACACUCUCAAAGAAGAGGCUUAUGAGCUCGAAACAAUGUUGAAGAUCAUUCGUGGCCCACUGCACAUUCAACAAACCGUCAUCGAGCAGAAGCGCCAGCAGCGUUUAGAACAGUCGCGUAGUACCAAAAGUAGCAUCAGCAGUAGCAGCAGCAGCAGUUCCUCGUCACCUUCACCCAGUCGACCGCGUAAUCCAUCACCCGAGAAAACGGAUAAGCAAGACACGAAGAGUAAUGCCGGUCAAUAGGCUGUGAUUACGAAUUAAUGUUUUCUUUUCUUUCAUUUUUUGCGAGGAAAGAUAUAAUAUUAUAUAUCGUCGGAGGGGGAUGUGUAAGUCUUUGCAAGGGCUUUUGUUGUUCAUCGAUAGUAAUGGGAAAAUUCGUGAGCUAUCUUUAUCGAUGCAGGGUAUUUGCCACAUUUGCAGGUGUAAGAUUUUAAAUGAACAAUUUGUCUAAUUAUUUAUAUCUGACUGACACGAAAAGAUGAUGAUGUGAUUGCUCCGAAUUUUUCACACAAAUGAGUCAUAAUUAAAUGUAAACAAUAACUUAUUGUAAAAUUUUAUCAUGUAAUAAUGUUCAAAGUCAUGUAAUGAAUAUUUUUUAAUCGUUAGGAAAAAAUAUUAAAGCUUUCACAUCCCCUGAACAAUGCGUCGAACGAGGAUGAGUACAAUGUACUUAAAAAAAUUUCUACGAAUAUUACGAAUUCGAUUUUAGAGUCGGAUUUGGUGCGAAAAGGGCUAUAUAUUUAAGAGUAAGGCUGUCAUUGUGAUUACAAAUGGUCCCAACGAAAAAUAAGGCAAAAAAACAUUUUUACAUCUAUUCAUUAUAGAAAGGAAAUGAAUUUUUAAUACCUUCGUUUUUGCGUAAACAAUGGAAAUGAAAUAUUUUUAUGAGCCAAUGAAUAAACGAAUGGCAAAUAUCGUGUUCUUUUAAAGGUAUAACUAGAACAUUCGGCACCGUAAUUUCCAACGUACAUUUUUUUUAUUAACAUGUGCAAUGUUCCUACAUUUCAAGAAAAAAAUAUCUACAUGCAUAUGUCUCAUAAGAAUAUUUCAAACCUACAAUUGUAAUGACCCCCAAUAAUUGCACUCCCUGACAACUAUCGUGAAAAAGAAUAAAUGAUAAAUUUAAUACAUUGUAGCGACAAUCUCUCGAAUAUAACGUGUCGCCUCUAAAAAAUUAAAUAUCGGAAAAAGCUAGGCAGUGCGGGUAAACAAAUGGAAAGUUUUUGAAAUAUGCUACAUGUAUUACACAUUUCAUACUUACUGGGAAUUAUUAUACGUCUCAUCGACAUUUGCCGUUCGGACAUUUGUUUGUUGUAAGCGUAAAAAACAACUCAAUAGUGUCAUAAACAAACGAAGUAAUUGUUAGUGUUUUCAUUACCGCCAUAAUGUAACAAUUAUUUUCGAAUUAAAUCAUUCAUUUUUAGAUAUUUAUUUGUAUUGUGAAUUUCGUACUUACUUAAGCUACAUAGAACUAUAUAAUAGAAAAUGUCACGUCAUUUUAUUCAUGGCGGUAAUGAUAAUAAUAAACGUGAUGUUAUGUACCUUAAAUCAAUAACGUGGUCGUUAAGCACUGUAGAAGAUCCUAUAUAUUUAACUAAGAAUUGAAACUCAGACUCUGUAGAGACGAGACUAUUUUAGAAAGAUACAGUCUUUUUCCUUGAUGUAAAAGCUGGUGCUUAUCAUGUUUAAGAUUAAUAACUAUGUGUUACGGAUAUAAAUUUUAUAAAUGUGUUGUAUUUAUGUAUUGUUUUUUAUUUGAAAAAUCUUUUAUCAUUUUCAUAAGGAGUGAGUAAUGUGUUUAUUAUGUAGUGAGUUUUCGAGAAAAACUUAGUCCAAUAUCAUGUUUUACUUUCUUAUUGAAAAUUUUUGUUUUAUGAGUUUGCUUCUUAAUCUAAAUAUAGUAUUCAGAGAUCAUCUAAUAAUAAAUACAACACAUUCAUGAAAAUUUAUGCUAAUCAAAUGGAAUCUCUAUACUCCAAUUGCGUAAUAUGAAAAAAGAUGUAAUUUGUCUUUAUUUUAUAUCAAAAACCAAUCGAAAUAAAUUUUGAUAUUUCGUAAGUAUGCUACGUGUGAUAACAAUUGCAAAGUCUUGUACAUUGAUGAUUAACACUGAUUAAAACUAUGAAAUGUACUUACGUACGAGAUAUAAUUUUAUUAAUAGGAUACCUACGUUGAUAAGAAAAUUUUUUUGAUGAUGUAAAUAACUUAUAGUGACUAUCACUAACUUUACAUUGCCUUCUACCAUUAAGGACGUAUACUUUUUUGUAAUAACAAGCAUAUAUCUAGUAAUAAUAGCUUACAUAGUGUUUAAUUUUGUAUUGCAUCAACUAAUUGAUAGUAAAAAAAGAAAUAUUUUAAUUUUCACUGUCUGUAGAAGAUUUCAACUCUUUAAGAACUUUAAAAUGUAAUCAAAACACGAGCUUAAGCAGUCACUAAUGACUAUCUGAGCAAAAUUUUACUUCAAAACUUUUACAAUUAGCGCAAUUUCACUCUACAGUACCUAUUGAAACGUAAAAAAGUCUCCAGUAAUGAACACAAUGGCUUCCGUAGAUAGGUGAUUGAAAGUAAAAAAUGAAAAGAAUAUAAUCGUAUUGCAAAGUUUCUUAAGAAAAAAAUCGUUUUACAAUACUUUUGCACGCCUAAGCUAACAAAUUUUAGCAACUAUACUUCAUUCAUAUCUAGUCUAACUAGGAUUUUUAAAUUCAUGACAAGAUCUAAUCUAUAUACCUAUACAUAAAUUUAUGUAACACAAACUUACAAGAGACAUCACGUAAUUAGAACUAGAGUAUUUUUAGGUAAAGCUUUAUAAAACCUUAACGAAAGUUUCAAUACAAUCCAAAAAAGACUUCUUCUUAAUCCAAUAUAAUCAAAGUUAUCUCUUGCACAUACUUAUAGGUAUAUAAAACACUCGCUCAAGUUUCAUCCGUCCGCUGUACGGUUCAUUUUUUUUCAAUAAGGUUUAUGUAACUGUAAUCAUUGACUGUUUUAUUUAAAACAUUUAUUUGAAACUAUUUGCGCUUACAAAGAUUAUCCCCAAUAAAA